GGGAAACGAGCGCGACUGUUCCUUGAUCUCCUUUUUCUGCACCGGAGAUUCGUAUCGAGUUGUGCAUAUCCCUCUUGUUGGCCUAUUCCUCUCUUCAGACUACCUAGCCUAGCAUGGCGCCUACAUUUGCUGGCUUGUCGGGCCGGCCACUGUCGUUGGCCGUGUCCACUGUCGCUACGAUGGGUUUCUUACUGUUUGGAUAUGACCAGGGUGUCAUGUCCGGUAUCAUUAGUGACAAGGCGUUCAACAAUGUUUUUACUGCCACCAAGGACGAUGAUACAAUGCAAGCGUUGGUAACAGCUGUUUACGAAUUGGGUUGUUUGGCAGGUGCUAUUUUUGCCCUGAUGUUUGGUGACCACACUGGUCGUCGGUGGAUGAUCUUCUCUGGCGCUAUUGUCAUGAUUAUUGGUGUCAUCAUCCAGGUUACCUCGUUUGUUGAUCACAUUCCUCUGCUUCAGUUCUUCAUUGGUCGUGUUAUCACAGGUAUUGGGAACGGCAUGAACACUUCCACCAUUCCCACAUACCAGGCCGAAUGCUCCAAGACCAGUAACCGUGGUCUCCUGAUUUGUAUCGAAGGUGGUGUAAUUGCUAUUGGUACUGCAAUUGCCUACUGGAUUGACUUUGGAGCCCACUAUGGUCCCGAUGACUUGGUGUGGCGUUUCCCCAUCGCUUUCCAGAUCGUCUUCGGUGUUAUCAUUAUUGUUGGAAUGUUUUUCCUUCCCGACUCUCCUCGUUAUUUGAUCUCCAAGGACCGCAUCCAGGAGGGCGAGUACGUGCUCGCUGCCCUUGGUGGUUUUGAGAUUCAUGACCAGGAGACUCAAAUCCAGAAGAACCUGGUCAUCGAUUCGAUCAGAGCUUCCGGUGCUGGAGCCACCACUCGCUACAGGGACCUUCUUACUGGCGGCCGUACUCAGCAUCUGCGUCGUAUGCUUAUCGGCUCUUCUUCUCAAAUCUUCCAACAGCUUUCAGGUUGCAAUGCUGUGAUCUACUACCUUCCCGUCCUUCUGAAACAGUCCCUGCACCAGAGCAACGAUGAAGCCCUUCUGAUUGGUGGUAUCAAUAUGAUUGUUUAUGCCAUCUUUGCCACCUUCUCGUGGUUCUUUAUCGAGAAGAUCGGUCGUCGCAAGCUGUUCUUGGGUGGUUCCAUUAUCCAGACCAUUGCCAUGAUUAUCACCUUUGCUUGUUUGAUCCCGGAUGACAAGCAGAUAUCUAAGGGUGCUGUGUUCGGUCUGUUCUUGUACAUGGCUGCCUUUGGCGCUGCUUGGCUUCCUCUUCCCUGGUUGUACCCGGCUGAGCUGUCUCCUAUCAAGACUCGUGCCAAGGCCAACGCUGUUUCCACCUGCAGCAACUGGCUCUUCAACUUUACCGUUGUCAUGAUUACUCCCGUCAUGAUUGCUCACAUUGGCUGGGGUACUUACCUGUUCUUCGCUGCCCUGAACGCUUUGUUCAUUCCUAUCAUCUGGCUCUUCUACCCCGAGACCGCCAACCGAAGCUUGGAGGAAAUCGACAUCAUCUUCGCCAAGGGCUACACCGAGAACAUCAGCUACGUCAAGGCCUCCAAGGAACUGCCGAAGCUUUCUGAUGAGGAGAUUGAGCAGAAGGCGAACGAGUAUGGAUUCGGCAACUCCACCGAAGAUCCUGAGAAGGUCGUUGCUGCCGAAUACUCCCCUUCGACCUCGGAGUAAAUGGAUGGAUAGAUCCUCUCUUAAAAGCAAAAGUAUAAAAGAGCAUGGGUGUACUUGGGAGAGAUUUUCUUCCCAUCAGCCAUCCCGAAGCAUAGUUUUCUUUUUCCGGGUUCUCCUUUCUCUAUAU